UCUCUGAGCCAAAUGUUUGUGACAGACGGGCCGGGUCGAGUCAUCCGAGGACAGGAGCGCUCAUUCAGCUUCACGCACGCUCUGCUGACCACGCCACGCCAUAAUCCCACGUGCUUGCUGUACUCACACCUUGACCCUCCAACAAGAUUAACCCCUUCAAACAAGAUAAGCGAUAAUCCCUUUCAUCUGUUGUUGUACUUUGUCCGUUCUCGCUGCCGGGCCUGACGAAGAGGAGCCGUGGGACUGUCUGAGUCAUCUGUUGGGUGGUGGCGAGUGACGGGGUCCGUGCUAUGAUGGAGUCGGCCCUGACAGCCAGAGACCGGGUGGGUGUGCAGGAUUUCGUCCUGCUGGAGAAUUACACCAGCGAAGCGGCCUUCAUAGAGAACCUUCGAAAGCGCUUCAAGGAGAACCUGAUCUAUACUUACAUCGGUUCCGUGCUGGUGUCGGUGAACCCAUACAAAGACCUGGAGAUCUACACCAAGAACCACAUGGAGCGAUACCGCGGCGUCAACUUCUACGAGGUCUCCCCCCACAUCUAUGCGGUUUCAGACAACGCGUACCGCUCCAUGAGGACGGAGAGGAAGGACCAGUGCAUCCUGAUCUCAGGGGAGAGCGGCGCCGGCAAGACGGAGGCCUCCAAGAAGAUCCUGCAGUACUACGCUGUGACCUGUCCCGCCAGCGAGCACGUGCAGACCAUCAAGGACCGUCUGCUGCAGUCCAACCCGGUGCUGGAGGCUUUUGGGAACGCCAAGACGCUGCGCAACGACAACUCCAGCCGCUUCGGGAAGUACAUGGACAUUCAGUUCGACUUCAAGGGCGCUCCGAUUGGCGGCCACAUCAUCAACUACCUGCUGGAGAAGUCCAGGGUGGUCCACCAGAACCACGGGGAGAGGAACUUCCACAUUUUCUAUCAGAUGAUCGAAGGAGGAGAGGAGGACCUGCUGAGACGAUUGGGCCUGGAGAGAAACACCCAGCAGUACCAGUACCUGGUCAAGGGUAACUGUCCCAAAGUGAGCUCCAUCAACGACCGCAGCGACUGGAAGGUGGUGAGGAAAGCCCUGACGGUGAUCGGCUUUAACGACGACGAUGUGGAGGAGCUGCUGAACAUCAUCGCCAGCGUGCUGCACCUGGGUAACGUGCAGUACGGUGAGGAGGAAGGCCACUCCCACAUCGCCUCGGACACACAGAUUAAGUACCUGUCCAGGUUGUUAGGGGUGAAUGGGACGGUGCUGACAGAGGCUCUCACACACAAGAAGAUAAUCGCCAAGGGAGAGGAGCUGGUGAGCCCUCUGAACCUGGAGCAGGCGUCCUCCGCUAGAGAUGCUCUGUCCAAGGCCGUGUACGGACGCACCUUCACCUGGCUGGUCAACAAGAUCAACGCCUCCCUGGAAUACAAGGAUGAGGCUCACAGUAACUUCUCCGUUAUCGGGCUGCUGGACAUCUACGGCUUCGAGGUCUUCCAGCACAACAGCUUUGAGCAGUUUUGCAUCAACUAUUGUAACGAGAAGCUGCAGCAGCUCUUCAUCGAGCUCACGCUGAAGUCGGAGCAGGAUGAGUAUGAAGCUGAAGGCAUCACGUGGGAACCAGUCCAGUAUUUCAACAACAAGAUCAUCUGUGACCUGGUGGAGGAGAAGUUCAAAGGCAUCAUCUCCAUCCUGGAUGAGGAGUGUCUGAGACCUGGAGAUGCCAGUGACUUCACCUUCCUGGAGAAGCUGGAGAACACCAUGGGGGGGCAUCCGCACUUCGUCACACACAAGCUGGGCGAUGGAAAGACCCGGAAGGUGAUGGGCCGGGAGGAGUUCAGGCUGCUGCACUACGCAGGAGAGGUCAACUACGACGUGAACGGCUUUCUGGACAAAAACAACGACCUUCUCUUCAGGAAUCUGAAAGAGGCAAUGUGCAUGUCUGAGAACAAGAUCCUGACGCAGUGUUUUGACCGAGACGAGCUGAGUGACAGGAAGCGUCCUGACACGGCAGCCACCCAGUUCAAAGCCAGUCUGGCCAAACUGAUGGAGAUCCUGAUGUCCAAGGAGCCGUCCUACGUCCGCUGCAUCAAGCCCAAUGACUCCAAGCAGGCGGGUCGCUUCGAUGAGGUGCUGGUCCGUCACCAGGUGAAGUAUCUGGGACUGAUGGAGAACCUGCGGGUGAGGAGGGCCGGCUUCGCCUACAGACGGCGCUAUGAGACCUUCCUGCAGAGGUACAAGUCGCUGUGCCCGGAGACGUGGCCUAACUGGAACGGAAAGCUCUCAGACGGCGUUUCCACGCUGGUCAAGCACCUGGGCUACAAGCCUGAGGAGUAUAAACUGGGCAGAUCCAAGAUCUUCAUCCGCUUCCCAAAGACUUUGUUCGCCACUGAAGAAGCGCUGGAGAGCAGAAAGCACGGCCUUGCCACCAAGCUCCAGGCGGGAUGGAAGGGCUACCGGCAGAGGACCAAAUACCAGAAGCUACGCAGCUCAGCCAUCGUCAUCCAGGCGUGGUGGCGAGGCAUCCUGGCGCGGAGGAAGGCGGACCGCAGGAGACAGGCAGCUUACACCAUCCGCAGGUUCAUCAAAGGCUUCAUCUACCGCCACAAGGAGCGCUGUCCGGAGAACGAGUACUUCCUGGACUACGUGCGCUACGCCUUGCUCAUGAAGCUGCACAGGAACCUUCCCAAGAACGUCCUGGAUAAGAGCUGGCCGGCGCCCCCUGCUGCUCUGGCUGAGGCGUCGGAGCUGUUGCGUAAGAUGUGCAUGCAGAACAUGGUGUGGAGCUACUGCAAGAAGAUGAACCCGGAGUGGAAACACCAGAUGGAGCAGAAAAUGGUCGCCAGCGAGAUCUUCAAGGACAAGAAGGACAACUACCCUCAGAGCGUCCCCAAGCUGUUCGUCGGCACCAGGCUCAACGGCGAGGACAUCAACCCCAAAGCCAUCCAGGCGCUGGGCUCAGAGAAGAUGAAGUACGCCGUGCCGGUCACCAAGUACGACAGGAAGGGCUACAAGCCUCGGUCCCGGCAGCUGCUGCUCACCGCCGACAGCGCCGUCAUCGUGGAGGAGGGAAAACUCAAGCAGCGCAUCGACUACGGCAGCCUGAAAGGCAUCUCGGUCAGCUCCCUGAGCGACGGGCUCUUCGUUCUGCACGUGCCCAGUGAGGACAACAACCAGAAGGGCGACGUGGUUCUGCAGAGCGAACACGUCAUCGAGACCCUGACCAAGAUCGCCAUCUGUGCUGACAAAAUCAACAGCAUCAACAUUAACCAGGGCAGUAUAAAGUUCACGGCGGGUCAUGGGAAAGAAGGGAUCAUCGACUUCACGCCGGGAUCAGAGCUGCUGGUGACCAAGGCGAAGAACGGACACCUGUCUGUGACGGCUCCCAGACUGAACUCCAGAUGAUGGAGAAGCGCAGGAAUCCCCUGAGCUCCCUGUCCCCCAAUCACAUAGAUGCAGACCUCGCUCUGCUUCAGCCAAUCAGACGCCGCCUGUCUUUACUGCAGGCUCGUGCUUCCAAUUAAAAAAAAAAAAAAAA